GACCACAGCUCAGCCUUCACUAGGGUACAGGUGGAACCUGCAGGAGAGCCUCUGUGAGUUGGUCUUCUUGGAGCAGCAGGUCUGCGGUCAAAGACUGUCCUCCUUGGACUGGCCAUCUAAGGAACAUUCCCUGGGGACUGAGACACCUUACUGACCUGCUCCAGACAGGGCUGCCCACCUGGUCUGAUGCUGUGGUUGCUGCCUGCCAGAUGCUGCUGCAGACUCUUGAGCUGCUCUUGAAGAAGGCAAUCCUCCCAAUCCUUAACCAGCCAUCAAGGAUAUUCAACUGUGGAAGAUGCAAGUCUAAAAGUUCUUUCAGUGAGGAUAUACUGAAAAGAUAAAUUUGAGCAGCAGAGAUUCCCCAGCACUGGUGGUAGCAGAGUUACAGCUGUAAGACUUGGCCAGAAAGCCCGUGCGGAUCCUUGGUAAAAUGGAUGCUAUACACAAGCUGAAGAUUUUUGUGAUGUUUCUGUCUCUGGCCACUUUCAUGGUCAUGGUGAUACUGAAUGCUGGAAAUGCCACUGGGAAAUUCAAAGGUCUGUUCAGGGCAACCCCUGGAAACAUCUCGGCGAAGUACAACACUGACUUCACACCAGCUGGCUGGACUUUCCUCAUCUGGAAUGUCAUCUAUGCCUGGCAGCUUGCAUGGCUUCUCUAUGCCUUGUCAGGGAUCUGUCGAAGGAGUGAACUUGGGUGUGUCUACAUAAAGCCAGACUUGCUGCCAAUACCUUUUUAUGUGUUGUGGAUUCUGAAUAAUGGACUCAAUGUUGGAUGGCUCUUUCUGUGGGACUGGGAGUACCUCCUCCCAGCCCUGGUGUUCCUGGUAGCCCUCACUCUUACUACAUAUGCUGCUCUCUUCAUUUCACACCGAGCAUUGAGCAUCUAUUCCUCCUGUUUUAUGAAGGGUCACAAAGCUGAGCUCUGGCUCAUCCGCAUCCUAGUCCAGAAUGGGCUGGCACUGUAUGCAACAUGGACCACCAUUGCCACUCUGCUGAACUUCGCUGUUGUGUUGAUCUACAAGUGGAAUGUGUCCAAUGAGACAGCAACAACUGCUUCUCUAAGCAUCCUUGCUCUCUACCUAGUAAUAUGGUUUUAUCUAGAAAACUUCUUUUUUGACAAGUAUGUCUGCUAUAACCUUACAAUCUACCCAGUGGUCAUAAUAGCUCUGACUGGCAGUGCAUGCAAGAACUACUCACUUUCAUCCUCAAAGACAAACAGUGUUUUUAUAGUUGUGCUGCUGGCAGCGACUUGUUUAAUCUUUGCUGUUCGUCUGGGGAUAGUCACGUAGAGACACUGUAAGAGACUGGAAGCAGCAGAAACCCUGGAUGCAUCAGGCACAGUAGCCUGAGACCUCUGGCAUGUUGUGGCAGAUAUUUUUAAAUGAAAAAAGAAUUGGGCAUCCAGCAUCUGUUGAUCCUUCCCUCCAGUAUUGAUGGCCUUAUGUUCUGUCAUUUCUUCUCUUUCCAUUCCAAAUGAGGAUGGCUUGUCAGCAAACCUGUCGUGCCCCUAUGUUCCCUCAGACUGGCUAGUGACCUCCCCCCCACCCCAAGUCUGCAUCCACCUUUAUUCGUUUUGAGUCUGAAUCAGUGCAGGAGAAGGUCCUUCAGCUGAACAGCCCUGUGCACAUUCGAGGUUUGCACAGAGAGUUGUUAAUAUUCUUUCCUUCAGGUUUAGUUUUUCACGAAGUGCAGCUCUGAGUUGUCCUUGGCAAGCAGACAACUGUCAUUCCUUUGGCCAUUCAGUGCUGUGAGCAGAUCUAUGGGCAGCAACUGCAUCCUUUUCUGCUUCUCUUGAUCAUGAUGGGAGCAGAUAUUACAGCUCAAGAGAUACAUCUUGGCGGUGUCAGCUCUAAGGGGAGAGGAGGAGUGACUGAAUGCUUCUGACACAAUUGCAAGUCUUUGACCUAUUUCAGCUUAUUGCAGGUCUAGAAAACUGAAAAUGCAUUAACUUUUCAGCACACAGUAAGAUAUUUGGGUCUUUGCCCUAGUUUUUCCUGAAAUUCUUGGUUAAGUUAGUCACUGUGUCAGUGUCUCUGUCAGAUGUUCUGUCACUUGUGCUGCUCCUGCUCUGCCUGUAAGACAUGGGAUCUGGGUCAGGCAGGAGCAGUAGGUUUCCUUUACCCCAGCAGUGCACAGCUUGUGCUGGCUGGAUGCCUCCUGCUGGAGGGUGGCUUGUAGCCUCUCUGGCAGGAGGUUAGAUGUACAGAGGAGAUGAUACCUGGUCUGGGGUAAAGCCUGCUGCUUCAAAAAAAAAAAAAAAAAACCCACGUUAUUUUUAUAUAUAUGUUUGAACCAGCAGAAUGAGUUCAUCCUGGAUCAAUACUUUCUCAUGUGGCUUCACUUCUCAGUUGGUAUUAGGAAGCCUAGAAGUGGAUUGACUGAACUGUCAGACCACUGCCUCUGUUCUCUGUGACUACUACAGUGUUGAUGGUGCCUUGCUGGUGUCUGGAAGGUGUUUUCUAUGUGUCAGGUACUUUCAGGUGAUGAAUAUCUUGCAAUACUAUUACAAAAGUAAAUUCUUCUACAAUAACAUCUGCUAUUAUUUACAUUUAACAAAGAACAAAGUUACUGUGAUGCAAUUCCUCUUGUUAUUCUGUUAUGUUUUAUUAUUUUCAAAUAAACUGGCUAAUUCCACUA